UUAAUUGGUUACUUAAUUUUAGAAUUAUAGUUAUUUUGACACCGCUACCAUUUUAUACUUUAGUUUUAAGGUCUUUCAGAAAUGAAAUGCGAGUUUAUUGGAAAGAGAAUUAGAAACGGCAGAGAGAAGAUAUGGCGGAUUUCAUGACAUCAACUCAUAAAACCAAGUGGCUUUAUACUCCCCAAGAUAUUAAACAUAAGUAUAAAGUUGCUAAUCAAAGGGCGAAACAAGCACUAGAGAUGUUUGGAACAACUCGAAUGGAAGUUGAUAUUGAUGGGACUUUCUCGUAUGCUGAAAGUCAAAAUGACGCAAAAGAUAAUGCUGAAAAGCAUCCUAAACCACUCAAAGUUGAAGAAGAACAACUUCUAAGGGCUUUCUACGAAUUCAAAAUUCAAGACGUCUGUGAUGCCUUUAAGUUCCCGCGUAAGAUUCAGGCAACGGCUCUCAUUUAUUUUAAGAGGUUUUAUCUGCUAUGGUCCGUGAUGGAACAUCACCCCAAAGAGAUUAUGUUAACGUGCAUAUAUGCAGCUUGCAAGGCAGAGGAAAAUCAUGUAUCAGCUGAGGAGCUUGGUAAGGGGAUUGGACAGGAUCAUCAUGUAAUCCUCAAUAAUGAGAUGCUGGUUUUUCAGAGUCUAGGAUUUGAUCUGAUUGCUUAUGCUCCAUAUCGUGCACUUGAAGGUUUUAUCAGUGAUUUAGAGGAGUUCUGUGGAGCUCAAGAUGACGACCAGCUUGUGGCACUGAAGGGUGCACUUGAUACUGCUAGGAUUGAAGCAGAUAAGAUUAUGCGUAGUGAUGGGCCACUUCUAUUCCCACCUGGGCAGUUGGCAUUGGCAGCUCUGCAUAGAGCUAAUGCAGUGCAUGGCAUAUUCGAUUUUGAGAGGUACCUGAGAAGUGUCCUAUCACAUCAUGAUCAGCCAGGUCAUGCAAUUUCAGAACUUACUGGUUCUAUAAACGCCAUUGAUUCUUUGAUUGGUAAACUUUUGACUCCGACUUCCAAAGAUGUGAAGCACAUUGAUCGGAAACUCAAAUCAUGUCUUGAUCCGGGUUCACAUGACAAGAGUAAAAAAAGGAAGCAUAGAUCCAAAGAUAUCUCAAAUGAGGUUACAGACAUCUCUUAAGCUGCUCUUAACUAAAGUUUGUAGCUUCAAGCAUAUGUUAUUUGGC